AUGCUGGGUCGAGCGGCGGCGGCGUCGCUGGAUGCGCUGCAGACGAUGGCCAAAACCGUGCUCGCCAAGGCGACGCGUGCGCGUAGCCCAACAGUCCAUGACGUACACAGCCAUCUCGCCGAGUGGAAGACCAUCUACGAUGUCCUGGACGCAACGGCCGAUCCGGUGGCCUUCCAUGCCCAUGCUCUCGCCCUCGAGGAUGCCUACAGCCGCGAUGCAUCGACCAUCAACUUUGCUGCACGCGUGCACCAGCUGCAUCCCAUCGCAUUCGCCCAGGACACGGCGAUGCGUCGCCCGCCAACCUCGCUGCAGUCGAUGCUCUCCCACUGCCCGCACUGCGGUGCCUCCAUCGCCCCGACCACGGCCUUUCGCGUGCAUAUGCAGCAAGCUGCCGCUGCCUGCCACGCGUGUCAUGGCCGGUACGACUACGAAACCUACAAGCUCGUGGCGUACAUUGAUGCGCAUCCGUUCUGCGCUACGAGCACGACGGUCGUCGUCGACACGCCAUCGCUGCCGCACGAUGGAUCGUGGGACACCUUUCUGGCGCGGCAGACGGCUGCCAUCCGUGCUACACGACCCUCGCAGGACGCGUACAACGACGCACAGAUGACGCGACGGCGUCACAUGCUCGCGAGCAUACGCCGCGGCCUCAACCCCGCUAUCUCGCUCGACCUUGUUCACGGCAUGUUUCGACAGCUGCGGUUCCUUGAGACCAUUGGCCGCGAGAUCGACUAUUGGAGCGACCCGGCUGUGUUGAGAGCGUCGAUUGAGCGCUACGAGCGCUUCAUGGCGCUGACGUCGCCAUCACCGCUGGUGCCCACCGUAGACAUCGACCUCGUCUGGCAUGCGCACCUGACGCAGCCAAAGCGCUACGCGCACCUCGAGCGCACCAGCGCGUUGUGGCAGCAUGCGUACAACGAGCCGUACACGCGGCCGAGCGCCGUGGCGGCCGAGGGAACGCCCGUGACCGAGACGUCGGCGAGCCGCUGGGGCACAGUCCUCGUACCGUACGACACGACGGCGCUUGUGAGCCGCAUCCUCCAAAGCACAGCGCCAUCGCGAACGCCGCAGCCGCCAAUUGAAGGCGCGUCGGGCGACCAUGGCAUCUAUCUGCACGACAGUGAUUUAGCCUUCCAAUAUCAAAGGCGUGCGGCGGCAGAAGAGAGCAACGACUCAAGCGAUAGUGGCAACGAUGGCUGCAGUGGCUGCAGCGGUGAUUAA